ACUAUGCAGAGCAGCACCUCGGAGAUGCCUUCACUAACAGACAGCAGCAUCUACCAUGGCACCAGCGUGGAGGUUUGCAGUUUGAGCUGAGGAUGGCAGGAGACUCUCGCGUCCACAUGGACCACGACAUGGAAACAGGAGUGACACCCAGAGAGGUGAAGAAACUCCCAAAACACUUGAGAGAGGCGCAGAUCUCAACAGAUCGCACUCAUCUGAUUACAGAACCGGUGAAAAAACCCCGGCAGCGUUAUGUGCAAAAAGAUGGCAAGUGCAAUGUGCACCACGGCAAUGUUCAGGAAACCUACCGCUAUCUUAGUGACCUCUUUACAACUUUGGUGGAUUUGCGGUGGCGCCUCAGCUUCUUCAUCUUUACUCUGGUCUAUGUGCUGAACUGGCUCUUCUUUGGGUUCCUCUGGUGGCUAAUUGCACUCAUUAGAGGGGAUCUGUUGCACAUGAAUGAGGAAGGAUGGACCCCAUGUGUGGAGAACCUUAAUGGGUUUGUCUCUGCUUUCCUCUUCUCUAUCGAAACAGAAACGACUAUAGGCUAUGGUUACCGGGUGAUUACAGAGAAGUGUCCGGAAGGAAUCAUCCUUCUCCUGGUGCAGGCCAUCCUUGGUUCCAUUGUCAAUGCCAUGAUGGUGGGCUGCAUGUUUGUGAAGAUUUCACAGCCCAAGAACCGGGCUGAAACUCUCAUGUUCUCACAUAAGUCUGUGAUCUCGGUUCGGGACAACAAACUGUGCCUAAUGUUCCGUGUGGGAGACCUGCGGAACUCCCAUAUUGUGGAAGCCUCAAUUCGAGCCAAGCUGAUCCGCUCAGAGCAGACCAAAGAGGGUGAGUUCAUCCCGCUCAAUCAGACGGACAUCAACAUCGGCUUUGAUACAGGGGAUGAUCGCCUCUUCCUGGUGUCGCCCCUCAUCAUUUCACAUGAGAUCAAUGAGAAGAGCCCAUUCUGGGAAAUGUCACAGGCACAGAUGGAGAAGGAGGAAUUCGAAAUUGUGGUGAUUCUGGAGGGCAUGGUAGAGGCCACAGGCAUGACUUGCCAGGCACGUAGCUCCUAUUUGGACUCAGAGGUGCUGUGGGGUUAUCGCUUCACUCCUGUGCUCUCACUGGAAAAAGGAUUCUAUGAGGUGGACUACAACAACUUCCAUGACAUCUACGAGACCAAUACACCCUCUUGUAGCGCCAAAGAGCUAGCAGCCAGACUGAGAGAAGGCCAGCUGCUCCCUCAAAUCCCCCUUCUGACCCCCGAAUCCAGGCCAAAUAUUCUGGACCCUGCCAUCCCCACAAUACAGAAGAGUGAGCAGGAGAAAGGGGGAGAAACCAACAACGGUUCAGCCAACCUUCAAGGGGAAAAUCCCUGA